AUUCACUACCUUGGCCAGAUCACCAACCCACAAGGCAACCUACAUUCAAGUAUGGACGGACGAGGCUACGGUUCGGGCUUCUCCGGUUGGGGUGGAGGUGGUGGAGGUUCCUCGAGCAGAGACCUGUAUGGGUAUAAGGACUCCAUGUCGGGCGGCGGGGGGUUCGGGGGCGGGGGCGGUGGCGGCGGAGGAGGAGGGGGCUACGGCGGUAGCCUGAUGAAGAGCAGGCUUUCCGGGGGCUCGGGCCUGUCCUCCACCGUGAGCAACGCCGACGCUGUCAUCGCCAAGAUCAACCAGCGCCUGGACAUGCUCACGCAGCUGGAGGGCGGCAUGAAGGGGGGCGGACGCAGCGACAGGUUUGACCAAUACGAUUCCUUCGACUCUCGCUCCUCCUCCGCCAUGGGGCCCCGAGAUCUCUACAGAUCUGGUAGCUAUGGCUACAGCGACGCCCGGGGCGACCUGAUGGGCUCGCGAGGCAGCGGCCUCGGCGGCUACGGGGCCGGCGGGGGAGGGGGAGGUAUGGGGGGCGGAGCCAUGGGCUUGGGCGGAGGCCUUGGCGGCAGUGGCGGAGGGGGCGGCGGUGGUGGUGGUGGCGGCGGCGGCGGCGGCUUUGACAGCCACUCCUCCUACGGCGCCAAAAUGCGCCAGUCGCAGAUGCCCUCCCGCGAUGCCUUCUCCAGCUCCGGCUGGGGCAGCUCCGGGGGGGUUGGCGGCGGCCAGCAACGCUCCCCCAGACGGGGCUCCGGAGGGGGCGGUAUGGGCGGCCGCGGCGGCUUCGGCCGGCGGCAGGACAACCCUUCCUCCAUGGGCCUCGGCGGCGGAGGCGGCGGCGGUGGUGGCGCCGGCCUUGGCGGAGGCCGCGCCGGCAGUCACAGCCACAGCCACAGCCACGGCCACGGGCACUCCCCGGGCGGCGGCGGCGGGCGAGGCAAGCUGCCGUCCCUGCUGGGCCAGCGCAUGUACCCCGAGACCGGGGGCUUCCAGGCACCCCCCCACGCCCACGGGCACGGCCACAGCCACAGCCACGGCCCCCAGGACUACUCCUCUCCUCGCCAGUUUGGAGGGGGCCCCAGGGCCAACCGCCAGCGGGGCCGAAAGAGACCCCUCAACCGACAGCAGGUCAAGUCCCCACGUGACGGACAGAAGAAGCGGAAGAAGACUCAGAACGCAGGCGAUGAGCCCGAGUCUAAAGUCGGCAAGACGGAGAACAAGGACUCUGCUGAUUCGGCUAAAGUGAAGACCGAAGGUACUGCGGCCAGCGGUGAAAAGGUGAAGGAGGAAACCAAGGACUCUGCUGCUGCUGCCAGUGCCAAGCCUGCCGCUGAAGGAGACAAAGGAGCAGUGACCAUCCAGGAGGAGAUCACCCAGAUCAAGAAGAAGCUCCAGGGCAAGCAGCAGCAGCCGGCAGCAGCGGGGGCGCAGGAGGAGGGCCUGCCCAAGUUCAAGAAGCGCCGCGGCUUCAUGGAGAUGUCUGGGGUCAAGUUCAACGCCCAGAGGAUGAUGUUCGCCUGCUCCGUGUGCAAGUUCCGCUCGUUCUACAGCGAGGACAUGGCCGCUCACCUGGAGAGCAAGUUCCACAAAGAGCACUUCAAGUUCCUCUCCAGCCAGCUCUCCAAGCCCACCACGGACUUCCUGCAGGAGUACCUGAACAACAAGUUCAAUAAGACACAGCAGAGGAUCACUCAGAUCGACAACUUCAGCGCUGCCAUCUGCCAAGUGCACAAGGAGCAGGACCUCACCAGAGAGAUCGGUAUGGAGCACUUCAUGAAGAAGGUGGAGGCGGCUCACUGCGCAGCCUGUGACGUCUUCAUCCCCAUGCAGUUCCACCUCAUCAAGAAGCACCUGCGCUCCCCCGACCACAACUACAACUGCAAGGGUAUGAUGGAGAUGUCUAAAGGCCACAGCCUAUCAGUUGCCCGCAGCAUCCUCAACCACAAGGUCAUCGGCAAGAAGCUGGAGAGCUACCUCAAGGGCGAGAACCCCUUCGUGGGUAACCAGGACGACCAGGACCCUGACGACUCCAUGGCGAUGGAGGUGUCCGAGGCCGAGGCGAGCAGUCAGAGCCUGCCGGAGGCGGAUCUGAAGGACGGGGAGGAGGAGGAGGAGGAGGAGGAGGAGCCUAAGCCUGAAGGCAAUGGUACCCAUGACAACGGCGAAGACGCAACCGAAGCCGCCACAGAGGAGCCAGAGGCAGGCAAGAACGAGAUAAAGAUGGAGGAUGAGGAUGGUGCGAACAGGGUGGGUGGUGGUGAAGACGCGGAGGAGGAGGAGGAGGAGGAGGAGGAGGGUGGAGAGGAAGCAGAGGAAGGUGUCGAGCUGGGCGACGAGGAGGCCGACGGUGUGGAGGCAGAGGAGGGAGACGAGGUCCUUGACGGAGACGAGGAGGAGGAAGAGGCGGCGGCGGCAGCAGCAGCUGAGGAGGAGGAAGAGGAGGAGGAGGUGGUGGAGCUGGCUGAGGAAGAGGAAGCGGAAGCAGCUAAGGAAGACGCAGACGCCUCUGAUGGGGAGAAGGAGACGGAUGACGCGGCCAACGCAGAUGUGGUCAUCAUCGAGUGACCCCCCUCCUCCCCUCUCCCCUCCAUCUCUCCCUCCAUCUCUCCCUCCAUUUCCUUCCUGCCACAUGACCUUUUGACCUUUAGUAUGUACUCUCUGUACCAGACCCCCCCACCCCCUCUCCCUCCCCCCUCCACCCCCCACAGUCAUAUGAACCAUAUAUGUCUGCCCAUGCCCAGCAUGGGGGAGACUGGACCCAGGGCCGCUCUCUGGCCAGAGCUGUGAGGGGGUUGGGGUCGACACGUCCACUAGUCGUCAUCAACAACAACAACAACAACAACAACAACGAUGGUCUCUGAACAUCCACUAGUCAACAACUGGUCCGCUAGACGACAUCAACUAGUCUCUGAACAUCCACUAGUCAACAACUGGUCCGCUAGACGACAGCAACUAGUCUCUGAACAGCAUGGUUGGCCCGAUGAUCCUCUCUACAUGAGCUGUUUACUUUUUGUUUGUUGUUUUUGUGUGUGACCCUUUUGACCUUCAUUCGUGCCCCAGGCCAAAAUGAGGAACCUGCCCCAAGUCGUCGUCGUCGUCGUCCCCCGCGCCGCGACGAUUUACUGUCACGUGUAGGACCAAUACGUAACGCCCACCUCACUCCCCAAGUCCCCUUUCCAGCACAGCCUAUGAGCUGUUGGCAUAUCCAGUCAUUCAGCCAAUCAGAAACCUAUUUCUAAGUGACUUCUUGCCGGUGUACAGAGUCAAAUGUCUGAAAUGUUUGGGUUUUUUGUUUGUUCAUUUGGGUUGAUUUUUUUUUUUUGUCCCUCCCCUCUCCCCCUUUUGUAAAUAGGUUAACCUUUUUUGGUGCCUUCGGGUCUGGACUUGUUAUAAGAAUUGGCUUCUCUGUCUUGUGUUUUUUUUUUUUUGUUUGUUUUUUUUUUGGUAGUGACACAGAAAACGCUGUCUGAGGCUGUUGAUGGCCCUUUGACACUCAUCAAAACUGGUCAUAUGCAUUGUUUCGAUGUUCAUUUUUAAAAGUGUGUUCUUUUUCAGUGUCUGUGGAUUUUGAGGUUUUUUAUUUCUUUUUAAUUUAGUGCCGUCUAUAGAGAUAAUAGUUGGCCUAUUGUUUUACAAGAGCAAUUUUUUGGUCAGAUUUUUUUUUUUUUUUUUUUUUGACCUUCUGAAAUAAAUGUUUAUAACUCAA